AUGGAACUUCUUGGUGUAGCUGGUGGAAUCGCUUCAAUUGCGGGUCUGGCUCUCCAGGUGGGUGCAGGUGCCAUGAAAAGAGAACGUACAUGCACCAUAACCAUCAAAAACAGCAGCAGAGUCUUCACACUUGUCAAUCCCAAAGUCUGGAUGUACAGUGGCCGCAGUAAAACACUUCCUGCGCCCACAGUGGACACCGAAACAGAAGAGGAGUGUGACAUCUCUAAGAAAGCAAACACCCCCGCAGGGGCUGUGGGUGUAUUGACUUACGAACUACACAACAAGAACAUGCAACGUUCCAACAAGUUAAUAGCUGUCAUGUUCUCUGUUCCUUUUGACAAUAAUUUAUUUGCCAACUGGUUUGCGGUGGGUGUUUUUGAAAACACUCAACUAUGUGACAAGAAACUUUUCAAUCUCAUGUACUACGAGUAUAGCUCCAAGUUCAGUCGUGCCAAGGCCAAAGAGUCUAUUAGAAUGCACACAAAUGACCCCAUUAAGAUCAGGGCUACCAUGAGCGAUGCCGGUACAGCUGUUGUUAAGCUGGAGCUUCUUGACACGUGUUAA